AUGAAUUUUCUUAUCUUUGAUAAAGAACUUCUAUCAUCAAAAUUAGUUCAUACAAUAUUAGCUGAUUUUCGUCAUGUAACAUUAAUUACAUCUAGCGAAUCAUCAUUAUCUAUUCCAUCAUCAUCACCACAAUUUUUAUUAAUUAAACAAGUUGAUAUUAGUAAUGCACAUCAAGUUAUACAAAGUUUAUCUAAACAUGAAAAUGAUCCAUUUGAUGCUAUUCUCAUAUUUAAUUCAACACAAUAUUCAGAUCUUCAUAAUAUUUUGGAAACUAUGAAACGAUUAAAACGACAACCUCCUCAUCUUUUUUUCUUUUUUAUUGGUCAACAACAUGAAUUUGAUAAAAGCAUUAAUAAACUUCUGAAAGAAAUUUCAGAUAUUAUAUCAUGGACAAUUGUUAUAUGUAAUGAAAUCAAUUCAUCAACAACGACAAAAUAUCAAGUUCAAACUAAAUCGAAUCCAAAUAAUCAACAACCAAUCGCUCCUACUGCUGUAUUAGAUUUUGUAUGUGAUGGAAUCAAAACAAAAAAAUAUUUACAUGAAACAAUUUAUAUUUAUUAA